GGAUAUUACACCUUGAGGCGGCUUGGUGGUUUGUACUUUGCGGGACCUAGACGGUGUUUUGGGGGGCGAAGCGUAUAGCCCGCACUAGUUGUCGCUGCGCGGAGGAGCACGAUACGCAGCCGGGACUUUUUGUGAGGGGAGCUGAAUGGAGGAAGCCUCUUCCUGGUGGAUAAACAGUGACAGCUACAGGGCAGCCACCUAGACCCACCACACAGGCUCUGGCGCUGCCCUGCUAAACAACACCAAAAUGGCUUCAGACAGUACACACAUCGCGCAAUUGACUUCUGAACUGUACUUCCUAAUAGCCCGAUUUCUAGAAGCUGGACCGUGUCAAAACGCAGCCGAGACCCUGAUAAGGGAGGUGGAGGAGAAGGAGCUGCUGCCCAAAAGGCUGGACUGGACGGGGCAGGAACACCCCGGGACGUACGAAAAUUUGGUGAAGUUGCACAGGCACAUCAGUCCGGACCACCUGCUGCAGGUUUGCUCCAGAGUUUGUCCGCUGCUGGAGAGGGAGGUCCCUGCCAGCGUGCCUGGACUCACCAGCCUGCUGGGGGCUGGGAGGCAGAAUCUUCUCCGCACCAACAAGAGCUGCAAGCAUGUUGUGUGGAAGGGCUCAGCGCUGGCUGCUCUACACUGUGGACGACCUCCAGAGCCUCCAAUUAUCUAUGGGAGCCCACCUAAUAUUGUGGAGACGAGCUACGGGCGUCGACUGAACGGCUCGUACCGUCUGCGGCAGCUGCUGCCCACCGCCGUCUACCAGCACAUGAAGAUGCACAAGAGGAUUCUGGGACACCUUUCGUCCGUCUACUGCGUCACCUUUGACCGGACAGGACGGCGCAUCUUCACUGGCUCAGAUGAUUGCCUUGUGAAGAUCUGGGGCACAGAUGACGGGCGUUUGCUGGCCACACUGCGCGGCCACGCUGCUGAGAUCUCCGACAUGGCCGUCAGCUACGAGAACACCAUGAUCGCCGCCGGCUCCUGUGACAAGACCAUCAGAGUGUGGUGCUUACAAACCUGCGCCCCCUUGGCUGUCCUGGAGGGACACGCAGCCUCCAUCACCUCGCUGCAGUUUUCCCCUCUUUGUAGCGGCUCCAAGCGCUACCUGUCCUCCACCGGAGCGGACGGCACCAUCUGCUUCUGGCAGUGGGACGCACGGACGCUCAAGUUUGGUCAGAGGCCCAGUAAGUUCACAGAGCGCUCCAGACCAGGUGUCCAGAUGAUCUGCUCCUCCUUCAGUGCAGGUGGUAUGUUUCUGGCCACAGGCAGCACAGAUCACAUCAUCAGGGUGUACUACUUUGGAUCAGGCCAACCAGAGAAGAUCUCGGAGCUCGAGUCCCAUACAGAUAAAGUCGACAGCAUCCAGUUUUCAAACUGCAGUGACAGGUUUGUGAGCGGCAGCAGGGAUGGUACAGCACGAAUCUGGCAGCUGCAGCCUCAGGGCUGGAGGAGCAUUCUGCUGGACAUGCAGACCAAAUUACCCGGGAAGUACAACCCUCCUCCGCUGGAAGACAAGGUGACUAAGCUGAAGGUUACUAUGGUAGCGUGGGAUCGCCAUGACAGCACUGUUAUCACGGCAGCCAACAACCUCACGCUGAAGGUGUGGAAUUCCACCACCGGAAACCUUGUCCACGUUCUCAUGGGUCACGAGGAUGAGGUGUUUGUUCUGGAGCCACACCCCUUUGAUCCCAGAAUCCUUUUCUCAGCGGGACAUGAUGGAAAUUGUAUUGUGUGGGACCUGGCCAGAGGAGUCAAGAUCCGCUCCUAUUUCAACAUGAUUGAGGGCCAAGGCCAUGGGGCAGUGUUUGACUGCAAGUGUAGUCCAGAUGGGCAACAUUUUGCAGCCACUGACUCCCACGGACACCUGCUUAUCUUCGGCUUUGGCUCCAGCAGCAAGUAUGACAAGAUAGCAGACCAGAUGUUCUUCCAUACUGACUACCGGCCACUGAUCCGGGAUGCUAACAAUUACGUGUUGGACGAGCAGACUCAGCAGGCGCCACAUCUCAUGCCUCCUCCCUUCCUGGUGGAUGUGGAUGGGAACCCCCACCCCCCCAGAUACCAGCGGCUGGUGCCUGGCAGGGAGAGCUUCAGGGACGAGCAGCUGAUCCCACAGAUGGGAGUCACCUCCUCAGGUCUGAAUCAAGUGGUGAGUGAGCAGGCGGUGGACGGCCCCAGUCCUUUGGACACCAUGAUUCAGCGGCUCCAGCAGGAACAGGACCAGAGGCUGGGUACCCAUGACCCCACUCCUGCAUCUGUUGCUGCAAACACCCGGGCCAGCAGAGGAUCAGUGGGUUCACCCACAGAGGUGCACUCUCCACCCAAUGUGGGUCUGCGGCGCAGCGGGCAGAUCGAGGGUGUCCGCCAGAUGCACAGCAACGCCCCGCGCAGCCAGAUGGCCACAGAGAGGGAUCUGGUAGCCUGGAGUCGCAGGGUGCUGGUCCCCGAGCUGGAGGAUGCCACUGUCAGGAGACAGGUGAACUGGCGUGAGGCCAAAGGGGAGGAGGAGAUCAAUAUAUACCGGUCAGAAAGGAGGAGACGUACCAUUCACUCUCUCCCCAAGGAGAGCAGGGUUCAUCCGACUUCAGAGUGUGUCGUUGAUGAGGGGAGGCGGAGCCAAGGUAACCAUGGUUACCACACACGUGCUGCCAUGGAGGAGACCAGCCGCCAGAGUGCUGAGGUUGCUGAUGAUGAUGACAGCACCUCUGAGGGAGAGGUGGAGGUCCGACAAAUCAACGGACACUCCUCAGAGGAAGAGAAGGAGGAGGAGGAGAAGGAGCCGUGGCCGGAUGACCACAGCAGCUCAAGCGACUAUUCCAGCGAUUAUUCUGACUGGACGGCAGACGCAGGGAUCAACCUCGAGCCGCCUAAAAAGAGCGUUAAAGUGAAAAAGAAAAGCAGCGGCUCGGAGGAAGACGGAGACAAGAAGAGGGAUGGCAAGAAAGAAAGGAAGAAAGACAAAGCAGACAAAGAUGGCGCAUUACCAAAGAAGAAGAAGCCAAAGGAGAAAAGGAAGAGGACGGAGUUCCAGGAGGAGGGGCUAACUCUGGAGGAGUGGCUCCCGUCUUCCUGGAUCACGGACAUCGUCCCGCGGAGAUGUCCCUACAUCCCCCAGAUGGGAGACGAGGUAUACUACUUCAGACAGGGCCACGAAGCAUAUGUGGAGAUGGCCAAACAAAAAAAGAUUUACAGCAUCAACCCUAAGAAGCAGCCGUGGCACAAGAUGGAGCUACGGGAGCAGGAGUUGAUGAAGAUAGUUGGCAUCAAGUAUGAGGUAGGCUUACCCACGCUGUGCUGUCUAAAGCUUUCCUUCCUGGACCCCGACACCGGCAAACUGACUGGAGGAUCCUUCUCUAUGAAGUAUCACGACAUGCCUGAUGUGAUUGACUUCUUGAUUUUGCGGCAGCAGUUUGACAACGCCAGAAACAGGCAGUGGAGUAUAGGUGACAGGUUUCGGUCGGUGAUUGAUGAUGCCUGGUGGUUUGGGACCAUUGAGAGCCAGGAGCCGUUCCAGCCCCAGUAUCCUGACAGCUUGUUCCAGUGCUACAAUGUCUGCUGGGAUAAUGGAGACACAGAGAAGAUGAGUCCUUGGGAUAUGGAGACAAUUCCCACUGAUGCAUCAUUCCCUGAUGAGUUAGGCAUGAGCGUCCCGCUGACAGAGGAGGAACAGAAGGAGCUGCUCUACGUCCCUCUGGACGGGGAAUGGGGCUCCCGCACACGCUCAGAGGAGUGCGAGCGUAUCAUCAAAGCCAUCGACCAGCUCUGCACGCUUGAUGUAGCUGCUCCAUUUGCCUUUCCAGUGGACCUGCAAGCUUAUCCCACAUACUGCACCGUAGUGGCCUACGUCACUGACCUCAGUACCAUACGCCAAAGGCUGGAGAACCGCUUCUACAGACGCAUGUCUUCUCUGAUGUGGGAGGUUCGUUACAUUGAACACAACGCUCAAACAUUCAAUGAGCCAGGGGCGUUUAUCGUCACCACCGCCAAGUUUGUCUCUGACCUCAUGCUGCAAUUCAUUAAGGACCAAAGUCUGACAGACAUAAUCCCCCUCUACAAAACUAUGAAGAAGGCUACCUUCUCUGACUCUGAGGAUGAGGAUGAUGAGGAGGAGGAUGAAGAUACCAAUACUCCUGGCACAUCCACAAGAAACAGAAAGGGCCGUCGACCCAUGCAGCGCCAACUGCGUACUCGACCUCCGUCAUAUGACCCUCAAGCCUGGAGGGGGCGCUGCAAGGAGCUGCUGGACCUCAUAUUUCAGUGUGAAGAUUCAGAGCCCUUCAGAGAGCCGGUUGACCUGCAGGAGUACCCAGACUACCUGGACGUGGUUGACUCGCCCAUGGACUUUGGCACCGUUCUCAGCACCCUGACUGAAGGAAAGUACCAGUCUCCCAUUGAGCUCUGCAAAGACGUACGGCUCAUUUUCAGCAAUUCCAAAGCUUACACGCCCAGUAAGAAGUCUCGGAUCUACAGUAUGAGUCUGCGGCUGUCAGCACUGUUUGAGGAGCACGUCAGCUCCAUCCUGGCUGACUACAAGGCCAUCCACGGCCUGACGGACAAACUGACCAGAAAGGGUACAGAAAGACAGACACGGCACACUACAGACAGACAGACACGCCACGCCAUGAAGAGGAGGAGGAGGAGGAGCGAAUCUCCCACAAGCAGCACUGCAUCCAGCCCAGAGAGGAAGAGGCGUGUGUCAUCCAGGGUGACUGGAAAGAGGGAGCCAUCGCCAGCUCCCUCACGACCUGCCUCUCUGAGACAGAACCUGCCCCCCAAACAGGCCCCUCAGCUGGUCAACGGGAAGGCCGACACACCAGCUGCAGGGCGGACACGCAGCGCCGCACGGCACUCCACACACUCGCCGCCCUCCUCCUCCACCUCACACACGCCCUCAAGCAACACACAGAGCACAACAGAGCCUCCUGCUCGCUCGCUGCGGGCUCAUAACUCUGUGUCAGCUCCAGUUCCACCAGCUGGUGAGAAAUCGACACCGUGUCCUGCCACAGAGAGUAGCAGUGUGGGAAGCACCAGGCGGAAACUCAGGACCCCUGUACGACACACACCAGGCUCUCCUGCCAGCCCUUCAUCUCAGAACACAGCUCACCUGAAUGGCCACAGCAGUCAUGUGACCCUAGGCGUCGGGAGGAGGGGGCGGAAACCCAGAGCUGACCCUCCAGUGAGUCCUCCGGAAGUCACAACCCCAGGAAGCCCUCCCCGACCACGAGGCCGCCCACCUGGCAAGAAGAAGGGCAAGAAGAGCAAGCAGGAGCUGGAGGACAUGAGGAAGAGGAGCAACCACAGGAGCUCCACCCCUGAGGAUGAGCUUGACCAAUCCACAGGCGACGAAGGCGGGACCUCCUCUGCACAGGAAGCAGCUGUGCUAUCGGACUCUGGCGUAGCAGCGCUGCCUAAGCGCCGCGGGCGGCCCCGAGUGCUAAGGACUGAGGAAGCGCCUGCUCCAGCUGAGUCGCCUGAUCCCUCCCCCCUGAGGAGGAGUAGCAGGCGGGCCAUUGAGGAGGUCACGCCUCCUUCCCAACCCACCCCUCACCGCUCCCACAGGAGGGAGUCUCCAAAGGAGGAGGAAGAGGAGGGGGCUGGGGGGUCAAUGCGCACACGAAACCAAGGGCGACGGUCAGCCUGGUACAUGGAGGAGGACUCUGAGGAGGAGCAGAGGCAGCUGCUGUUUGAGGACUCAUCGAUCACCUUUGGCACUUCCUCCAAGGGCCGUGUCCGCAAGCUCACCGAAAAGGCCAAAGCCAACCUUAUAGGCUGGUAACAGAGACAGCAAAACAGACAGACACACAAGAGAUGAGGAGACAUGUCAGUGGGCUGACUGGCUGAUCAGAGAAGAGGGGAAAAGAUGGGCUGAGACUGCUCAGCUUAUUGCUCGGUUGGAGGAGUUAGGGAUUGGGUUCGAGAAGUCAUGCUAAGUGCUGUAUGUGUUUGUGUGUGCGUGUGCUUGUGUGAGUAUGUGUGUGUGAGGUGCCGCUAGUCCAGCUGCUGCUACAUAAAGCUGUGGCUAUGGAAAGACAUGCCGGUACAGGGAUCUGUUCAAUCCUCUGUUUGCUUGCUGACCCCGCCCCCCUCUCUCAGCCCAGGAAGCACAUCACCACCCCAGCCAACAGCUGUCUGAGGGCAGAUUGGUUUGUUCUGACUCCUCCCGCGCUAUUGGUCCAUGUUGGAUCCCACAGGUGCAUACGGACUCCUAUGUCAGUCAUCUUAUGACUCACUCCUGUCCAGUGAACCACUCUUCAUCUCCGUCUGAACUUCAGCAUUGUUAGUGUCAGACCUGGGCAAAAUCAUAGUUGAGUUUUAGUACUUGAAGAAACCAUACGAGGAGAGAUGGACGUAUCGUACCUAUCUGUUUUGAGGACUUUUCACGUGUCUCACUGGAUAGGACAGACGCACCUCAGUGAGCUGAAAAGUUUGAAACAGCGUUCAAAUAUGUUAGCCUGCAGAGCCCACGUCAGGUUUGUGAUUGACCACAGACCGCUGGCCUGACUGUCUCUUGCCCCUUCCUGUGUGCUCGCACUCUUUUUAUACACACCGUCUCUGCUUUUGUAAGAUUUGUAUGCGACGAUUGGCUCUCUGUUUUGGAAGUCUUACACAUCAGCUGACCUGAACGUGUCUGUCUGUGCUCAAAUACCAAAUGGCGUACCUCGCUGGGUACUGCGGAUCCGUAGGUUUUGUUUACUCUUAAAAGUGUGUGGGCGUGUGUGUGUGGGUGAGUGCGCUUGUUUUUUUUAGUUUUUUUUUUUUGUUUGUUUUUUUUUGUUUGUUUCUGCAUGUUGAUUCAAGAGAGAAAGAGUUAGCAUCUCUUUUAUUCUAGAAGCUGUUUUUACUGUGAGGAAGAGAAAAGGAUGCAUGGGUGUAAGGAUCAUUUAUACGUCUAGAUGGACUAUGUUUCAAUGCGUCCUCAACAUUAGCAAUACCUUGUGCCUUUCUGUCUUUGGUGUGUGUGUGUGUGUGUGUGUGUGUGUGUGUGUGUGUGUGUGUGUGCGUGUGUGUGUGUGUGUGUGUGUGUGUGUGUGUGCACAAGUGCGCUAGGCCUCUGCCUACAAAGUACAUGUGCCUAUACAUGUACAAACUUAUGUUGUGACUACAUGUGUGUGCAAUUGAAUGUGUGCAUGUGUGUGUGUUUUUAACAUGAUUGAGUGUGUCAUUCACUUUCAGCGUACAAACAGUGGCAUACAGUUUGAUCGUUGUGAAACCUCUCAAUGAAAUGUAUUUAUAGCAGUUAAAAAAAAAAGAUUUUAUUGUUGUAAACAUACCAUUAAUCAUGUCAAUAUAUUAUCCAACUAUAACCAACCGUCAGUUUAAACCUAAGGUACAGUGAAUGGAGCUUUGGGUGACUAGCUUUGUGAUGCACAUACCACAGAUCGGUUAUCAAUGCAGUUGCAAGGAGUAACCCUGUAUAUUUUAAAUGAGUUGGAUUGUUAACAGAUGAUAAUGAACUUUUUAAACAUGGAUGAAAUGUUUCUACAUUGACCACACACUCACACGCACACACACACACACACACACAUACACGCACACAGUUCUGUCUCGCAUGUUCUAGCACUUUCUCUUGCCUGAAACCGGAACAAACAGGAUCGAGCCAGAUCAAACUGGACCGGACUGGAUUUGGACUGAAACCCAUUUAGGCAGACUGGAGAGAGACAGGUCCUCUAUUCACUGUUCUGAUUGUGUGCCUUGGCUGCUCUUGCAUUUUUUUUUUUUUUUUUUUUUGGAAUCCUCCAUUUCUCCUCUUUGGGCCUUUUUUGGACUUCCUGGGUCGGCUUGUCUCUGAGUUCAGGAGACUGGACUUCUGGGACCGGACAGGCUUGUACAGAGGGCUUAUUAAAAAGAGCAAAGACUGAAAAAAAAAAUCUGACAGGAGACAAAGAUUAUAUCACUCUUUCUCUACACACACACACACACACACACACACACACCUUAGAGGACCAAGUGCAUAAAGAUGGCAGCCUCCUGUUGUGACAUCAUGUUUUUUUUUAUUUUCAGUACCACAGUGCAGAGCAUCUGAAUGUCAACAUCUGCUCGUUUUCCAGUCUAGAAAACCCCAGGAUUUCUCUGGGGAGAACUGAACAUUGGCAGUCUCUUAUACACCUGGUCCAUUCUUGUAACUCUUUCCUGUCACAUAUUAUUCAACAUUUAUCUUGUCUGUUUAUCAUUAUGAGGUUUUUUUUGUUAUGGAUUUUGUUAAUGCCAAAUUCUGUCUUUGGGCACUGAAGUUUUGGAACAUGGCUUUUGAAUGUGUUAAUUUUCAGAAUCAGUUUUACUGUCCCCACAGCGAGUGUGUCAAGGUCCCUUCCCUAUAUUGUAUCAUGUUUUUUUUUUUUUUUUUUUUUUUUUUUUUUUUAAAUUCCUGUCUCUGUCCCUGCCAUACAAGAUUUCUGUGAGGUGAUGUGCUGCUGAAACGGUGUUUUACAGUCUGCUGGACUCAUUUGAUGAUAGGAAAUGCAAUAUGGAAUGAACUGGCCCUGGGUUUUUCUUAGAGCAUCUUUUGCAGCAAGACUUUUUGUUUUUAUUUGAGAAUGAGUGUUUUGAUAUUGUGCAUAUGAACACUUUCAUUUCAAAAUUAGAUGUUUUUAAACCUGACAGCUUCCUCAAAGUGCUCACCGACAUGAAAAUGAAGCACUAUGCAUUAAAUGCAUUAAGUAAAGUGUUAUAUUAUAGGUUGCUGUUUAAGAUCAGAUUUUUCUUAAGAUCUCUGCCCACCUAAUGGUUGGCUUUAAUGGACAAAAACAUUUGAUUUUUAAAUAUUUAUUGAUGAAUUUCAUCUUUUUUGUAAAUAAAAUUUUAUAGUUUGGGAAUGAAAUUCUUCAUAUGCACAUACUCUAGAUGAUGGCUUUUACACUUUUUUUUUUUUUUUUUUUUUUACAUUUUAUUUCAUAUCCGUCACAAAUUUAUACUCACAAGAUGAUAAAAAGCACUGUGGAAACUGACUGUACACAGCGCAUAAAAUUCAGUUCGAGAUAUGAGAUAGGGAUAUAGUCGAUACACUUUUGAGUAUUCCACAUAAUGAUAGGCUCUUAGAGUAAACACUCAAUUUGAACCAAGAACGAUGAGCCUGCCUGCAAAAGAGAUGCUUUUGACAAACUGAGCCCUCAUCACACUCUGAUGUUUCUUUAGAUUGCCAAUUCAAAUCGACACUUAAAGUAGGAAUGCAGUUGUGCUAUCAAAGUGGACAUCGACCCUGUUUCUUCUGCCUUUGCUGCCAUUGCCUUCUCUUCAUCAGAUCACCCCACUUCCUGUAUGUAUCAACCAUGUCAGCGUAAGAGAGCUGAUCUGGGAUUACUGGUCAAGUUCCCUUCAUUGUGGUAGUAAUACUGACUUGAGGCACCCCUCAACAAUCUGAAGUGAUUUCAAAGAAAACGUGAAAGUUCAAGUUUAUUUAGAGCCCUCACUCACAAUUGUAGUCUCAAAGUCCACAGUUUAUAGAAAACAAAACGACACCCACUUACUUGAAGCCUUCACUGGUUUACAACUUCUUACCUAUUUCAAAUAGACACCAGUUGCAUCUCUCCUGCCCCCUGAUCCCACUGCUGUACAGGUAAACCUUAUUGGGUUUUAGGUUUAUAACUGGUGUAGAUAAUCACGCACCACCUUUUAAGAGGAUUUUGAAGAGGUUUCCAACGGUGUGAGGUCACCAGCUUUGAUCGGCAUCUCUGAUCAGCCUUCUUAUCUUGAGACUCUCGAUGUGUUUGGGCCCCCAUCUAUACAUUUACCAUGGGCCUGUGCUAAUGUGUCACAGAUUUGUGCUGUGGUGACCUCUGACAGGGCAUCAGUGUGGGGUCCCAGGUGAAAGGUCACAGUGUGUGUGUGAAGUGGCUGCAUGUGAGCCACCGGGAUGGGUUCUAGGGCUUUUUCAGUUUGGGUCGGGGGGGUCAGGGAUGGGAAAGAACCACAGGGGGCGGGAUGGGGAGGGGAGGGGGUCUGUACUCUGUUUCACCUGAACUGAUUGAAGAGGGUGUCUUUGUUAGUUUGGAUACUUUUUAUAUAUAAAGGAAUUAAUGCAAAAAAGAAACAUAAAGCUAGAAUGUAUGUGUAGGGGAGUACUGCUGUCCUGUUAGUUCAUACUGAUAUUUUAAGUAAAUAAACAGUUGUGUUUCCAUA